AUGGUACGUGUUCUGUCGCGAGAUAUGUUCCCACAAGGUGUCCUCUAUAGAGCUCAGAUUGUCCCAGAGCAGUCCCUCCACUCCGUUGAUCAAGUCAUCAAUGUUGAUGUUGUGGAAUCUUCGAGUUCCAGUUUUGGGCUUCGGGGUUUCUACUCGGUGAAAUUUGAAGAACACCGGAACGUAGACUUCCGUGAGGAGUACAAUGUUGUCCCUCACUCGGUUCCAGGUGUCCUCUAUGGAGCUCAGAUUAUCCCAGCACAGUCCCUCCGCUCCGUUGACCAAGUCAUCAAUGUUGAUGUUGUGGAAUCUUCGAGUUCCAGUUUUGGGCUUCGGGGUUUCUACUAG